AGAGAGAGAGAGAGAGAGAGAGAGAGAAGGGAGCGUGAAUGGAAGGCGAGGUAGGAGUGAGAAGUGUUGGCUGGGAAUGGGGGGGCGAUAGAGGGAAGGAAGGGGUGGAGAUAGAGGAAGCAGGGAGGAAGGGAGGGGUCUGUAACGCCUCUGCUGGGGUCAAUCAUUGGGAGAAUCAGGACCUAGAGGAGAGGUUGCGCGCGCUGCGAGUGACCCCAGCUACGUCCCCCAUGUGUGUGGCUGAGUGGAGCACAUCUUCGUCAUCGUCGUCUUCCUCUCCUGAGUCACUUGUGAACGGCGGAGCGAGAAUUAUAGACUGCGGCGGCGCCGCCGCCGCAGGCGGUGGGGGAGAAGCUCCCCUUCUCCCCACCGUGUCUGUUUCGCAGCCGCCGAGUGUUUCGAGCGUUAGGGUACUAUUGGCGAAGCCAUGUGAUGGCGGCGGCGGCGGCGGAGGAGGCGGCGGAGGUGUUGGUGCGGCUGGUAGUGUUGUCGGUGAUGGAGCAGUUCAGGUUGUGAAGGGAUUGUUAUUGCACGACAAUAGAAGAGGUGGGGAGGGCGUGACAGGGCGGCGGAAGGAGGUAGGUGGCGACAGCUCCAUUCCCAUGGCUGCAGUGGGAGCGGGCUCGACAGGUCUGAAGGUCGAGGUGGAGACGAAUGCGCUGUCACUCGACGGCGCACUCUUGGCUUCUUUCGGCUCAGCAGAAGGCGGCGCUGACGAUUCUGGAAGCGGCGCUAGUGGUUUCAAUGGCAGCGGUGAUGGCAGAAACAACGGAGUAGUAAGCAAGGAGGAUCAGGUGGACUCGUUUUUAAGGGAGGCAUUACAGAAUCCCCGUGAUCGACUUAAGAGUAAGAACGACUCGUACACUCUUUAUGUUAUGGCACUUUCUCUUCUUGCUCUUGAGUGUGGUUUCUUAGCAUGUGAUUGUGAUGCUUGCUGGUGACAUAACAAGAGGCGUCUGUCGAAUCUCCCUCGAGACGCAAGUUUUCUCGCGCUGUCGUCGUUUUUUGCGCCGUUUUUGUCGCCGUCUCGAUGCUCAAACAAGCAACACAGAUAAACAGUGGAGCUGAAAUCGGGAAAAAUAGAUGGCAUCGCUUUCUCACAGUGGUGGGAGUCUUUUCGUACUGCGAUGGAGGCAUAAUUGAAUCAAAAGUAGGUGGAUUGUGUCUACUAGCCGAGUUGGGUACUUUGUCCUUGAACUGUUGAAAUGCGGACCUGUGCUCAAAUUCUACAUGGAAUUCGAUGAGGCCAGAUAAAUGAAUCGAACGUAU